AUGCUCGACAACGUCAUCGAGGUGGAGACCCACAUGGCCACCGCAGCUUUAGCUAGAGACUCGCAGGGCCCUACGCUGAUCGUUAUAGCUAUUGACGCAUUCCUUCGAGCACCGGUUCAUGACUUGGGCGACCGCUGCCUAGUGCGAGCUUUCGCCGACGACAUCGCCAUCAUACUGGGGAGGAUAUGGAUUGACGGGCCUGUCGCAGCAUUCCUCUUCGCAGAGAUCGCGCGCAUUUCGAAUCUCAAGAGCAAGCCUCGGAAGUGUGCGAUCAUUCCCAUGUGGCCGAUUUUUUGGUACGCUCUGCACGGCUUCUCAAAGCAGAGAUUCCUUUCUGGGGGCGAGUUCUUGUGCGACGCUUCUGGCAGGGGCAGAGUCCAGUGCGUCAGAGAUCUUUCACCCGGUUUGCGGGCCGCUGCAUUGCUGUGCAACUUUAUCGCCAUCAGCGUGCUGGGGAUCGUUUUGCAGCUGGUCGAGCCGACCGCCGACCUCCUGAAGACCGAGCGCGCGAUGCUUCGCAAACUGGUCGUUGGGCAGGGGAACUGGCUGCCCCCGAAGUACGAAUUCAAUCUCGACCGGCUCGGGGCAGCAGAGGUCAGCAGCGGGAACCAGAGACCGGCGGAGGCCAGCCGAGGCCGGCAGGGACCAGCCGAGACCAGCAGAGGGCAGCAAGAGCUCAGCAGGAGCCGGCACAGAGCGGCAGAGACCAGCAGAGAGCAGCAGCAGAGCGGCAGGCACCAGCAGAGAGCAGCAGAGACCAGCCCGGGCCGCAUGACGGCAGCGGAGACCAGCAGAGAGCAGCAGAGAGCAGCAGAGACCGCAGCAGAGAGCAGGUCGGCUGGGGAGGGCGGCGACAAACCGACGGAGGCAGCAGCAGAGACUGACGCGGAGUUGGAGAAGAAGCGCAAGAGGACGGAGGACGGCAAGGACAACGAGCAGACCAAGAAGCAAAAGUCACAGGAGAACGAGGAGGGCGACGCCGCCACGGCGCCGGGGGAGGGCCAGGAGGCCAAGGGGGCCAAGCCCCCGAAGCAGAAGAAGUUCCAUGCGCUCAAGGACCCGCCCGCCAUCUUCCCGCACGUGCAGACGCUGUACAAUGCUUUCUGGGACCCGAGCAAGCCGACGGAAGUUCUCAGGGAGGCGCUGCAGAAGGUGGUGGAGACGCGGCAGACGAUCCUGACCGAGACCGAGGAGAUAGCCAAGAGGGAAGACAUCCAUGCUGGGGCGCGAAGAAGAUCUCUGUGCCGGGUGAUCUACGACCGGCUCAAUUGUGCGCAAGGACAGGCCCCGGUGUCGCAGUUGGCGGCGGACCCCACCGUCCAAGUGUUGAGGAAGGGCGUCGCAAAGAACAUGAAGCAGUUCGUGGACCAUCAUCCCGAUUGGUUUUUGUUUGGCGAGGGCAAAAGCAAUAACGGGAAGAGCCAGCCGACGCUCUAUAUCAGCCCCGGGCGACAGCACAUGAAGGGGCCACCUUUGGACGAGGCCACGCGGCAGUACCGGACGGAGAUGCUGCUCUUCAAGAUGGGCGAGCUCCUCGAGGCGCAGGGCGGCAGCCUCCCGGUGUCAAAGCUCGGGCAGGAUGAGAGGCCCUUCGAGCUGCGCCAGCUCUUGAACCCGUGGCAUCCUGCGCUCGGGCGCCUCGCCCUUGCCAGCGUCGUCGACGACGGCGGGCGCGGGCCCGCCCCCCUCGGGGGCGGCUCGCGGAGCCUCGCGAAUCGCUGGGGCAAGGCGGCGCCCACGGCGCCGUCAGGAUUCAAAGGAUAA